GCUGUCAAAAAUUGUAAAAGCAAAAAUUCUUGCUUCAAAUGUCAAAAACGACAUAAUACUCUCCUCCAUAAGGAUGCUGAGCAACAAAAUAUACCCAUUAGUACUUCUCCUUCAGCUUCCAAUACACCACUUCAAACGCCUAGGACAUUUGCAUUCCAAGCUUCUCCAAAUUCCUCCAUACAGUCCACUAACUCUUCAACCGAUGUUAUUCAAAAUUGUUUCGCGGUUAAUUCAAACGGCGUUUUGCUUGGUACCGCUGUAGUAAAAGUUAUUCAUGCAGGUGUUGGUUAUAUAGCGAGGGCCCUCAUAGAUUCAGGUUCAGAAGGUACCUUUAUAUCUCAAAACCUUGCCAAUGCCCUCAGGUUACCUUCCAAACCUACAUCCGCUAUCAUAUCAGGCCUUAAUAACACGGUUUCAGCUGCUGUUCAAAAAGAAUGUCGCUUUAUCCUGGGCUCCUAUGCGGAUAAAGCUUUCGAGAUCGAUGUUUCAGCCUUAAUUGUGCCUCAUCUUUCUAAUAACCUUCCAACCUGCACAAUAGGGUCUGAUAUUCUCUAUUCGCUACCAAAGUUAGACUUAGCUGACCCGUAUUUUUACCGAAGCUCCAAGAUUGAUAUCCUAAUUGGCGCAGAUUUACUUCCUUCUGUCAUGUUAUCUGGGUGCCAGCGAGCGAUUUGCGGAUCCUUAUUCGCCCAGGAGACCGUAUUCGGAUGGAUCCUCACUGGCCCCAUUCCAACCAAAGCUCCAAAGUCCUUCUCUACAUGUGUAUCGUACUUCUGCGAAAUUGCUUUAGAAAAAAGUCUUCUGAAAUUUUGGGAGGUGGAGAAUAUUCCACAACAGCGUGUAAUGUCCAAAGCAGAUAGACAAUGUGAAGAAAUUUAUCAGAGAACGACAACUAGAGAUGGGAAUGGAAGGUAUACUGUUUCGCUUCCGUUUAAAGACGAAUAUUCCGAUUCACUAACCUUAGGUCAGUCGAGAAAAGGUGCGAUGGCCCAAUAUAUUCGGAAUGAAAGUCGUCUGCUAAAAAAUCCAGAAUUGAAAAGAGAAUAUGAUCUUAAUAUUGAAGAGUACGUCAAACUAGGACAUAUGAUUCCUGUUCUACCUCCUACAAUCUCAGAAUUUCCCGAUCAUUACUAUUUGCCGCAUCAUGCUGUUGUGAAGCCAGAUAGUUCUACCACUAAAGUCCGUGUGGUUUUCAAUGCUUCUUACGCAACAUCGAAUGGUACAAGUCUAAAUGACGUUUUGUACACUGGUCCAGCCUUACAGAACGACUUGACUAUUCUCAUCCUUAAGUGGCGUUUUUAUCGCUAUGUUUUCAGUGGUGAUAUAGAGAAAAUGUAUCGCCAAAUCCUUGUGUCUCCUUCUCACACCCACUUUCAGAGAAUCCUGUUCCGCCAGAAUCCAACUGAACCAAUAAAGGAUUACGAGUUGAAAACUGUAACCUUUGGUGUUAACUGUGCACCGUAUCUUGCGAUACGUACGAUGAUUCAACUAGCCAAUGACGUCCAUGAUUCAUAUCCAUUAGCUAGUCAUGUUUUGAAGAAUUGCAUGUAUGUGGAUGAUGCCCUUGCAGGGGCACAUGACAUACACACAGCAAUUUCAACCGUACGUGAAUUAAUCCUAUCUCUGAAGUCCGCAGGAUUCAACAUGCGAAAAUGGACCUCCAAUUCAACAACAAUUCUCUCGGACUUGUCACCCGAUGAUCUUCUUAAUGAUGGCUUUUUAGACUUUAACGCACAUUGUGCAGCUAAAAUGUUAGGCAUUCGUUGGAAUGCGUAUUCUGAUCAGUUUUAUUUCUCCUCCAUUGCAUUUUCUCCCCAUACUUAUACCAAACGAGAGGUUCUUUCCCAAAUAUCAAAACUAUUUGAUCCUGCUGGCUGGAUUUCGCCGGUCAUUGUAUUAGCCAAGAUAAUUAUGCAAAAAAUAUGGCUAGAUAAAGUGGGUUGGGAUGAAGAGAUAUCACCAGAAUCAAUUGACUUAUGGAAAGCAUUUCAGUCUUCAUUUUCUUCCAUCAAUGAGAUUCGUGUUCCACGUUGGUUUAACUUUGUCCCAGACCAUGAAAUUGAAUUCCACGGGUUUUCGGAUGCAUCAGAAAGGGCUUAUGCCGCAGUACUAUACAUUCGAAUUGUUUCUCCAACUACUGUGUACACCCACUUAGUGGCUUCCAAAACGAAAGUAGCACCGAUUAAGUCCCUAUCUAUUCCUAGACUGGAAUUAUGUGCAGCUACUCUCCUUGCUGAGCUAAUUGACAAUUUAGUGCCUCAAUUCGACGUUCACCGUCACUCAUUACAUUGCUGGACGGACUCCACCAUUGUGAUUUCAUGGUUAGCAAAACAACCAUGUCAUUGGAAUACUUUUGUAGCAAAUCGAAUUUCUAAAAUCAUCCAAACUGUCGAUCCACCAAAAUGGCACCACGUCAGUUCAGAGGACAACCCCGCCGAUCUCGCGAGUAGAGGUGUCUAUCCACAGGAUCUAAUCCAAAAUGAUCUUUGGUGGAGAGGUCCUGCAUGGUUAUCUGAAUUUGACACUCCUUGGGAAAAUUACUCUAAUCAAGAUGUCCAACCAACUGAAUUAGAGAAGAAGUCGAGCUCUAAGGAUUAUGGCGUAUGUAUAUCGUUUUAUAAAUGGUACUCAUCCACGAUAUAAGACCAAUAAUAGACGUUAUGGUAACGUCAUAGAAGCUCAAGAAAUCAUCCAUGUUCGCUCAAAGCUGAUAUCCAUAUACCAAAGGCUAUUUUACCCAAAUGAGUACAUGGCGCUGAGUAUCCAAAGACCGAUUCCUUCUUCUAGUAAACUAUUGAGUUUGAAUCCCUUCUUAGAUUCCGAAGGUCUAAUGCGAAUUUGCGGUCGACUUGAAGUAUGUCCAGAGUUAUCCUACAACGAGAGACAUCCUAUAAUUGUUCCAUACAACUGUCAAUAUUCCAAACUAUUAGUCCAAUAUAUCCAUUUGAUAAGUCUACACGGGGGCAAUCAACUUGUCCUCCGAUUGGUCCGUACACAAUACUGGAUACCAAAGGUUCAAAAUCUUAUAAAAUCCAUUAUACGAAAUUGCAAGAUCUGUGUCAUAUAUAAGAAAAGAUGCCAAAAGCAGUUGAUGGCUGCAUUGCCUCCAGAAAGAUGUGAAAUAUCCCGACCAUUCACACAUACCGGUUUGGAUUUUGCAGGACCUUUUGAUAUCAAGAGCUAUACUGGAAGAUAUUGUCGGAUUACCAAAGGAUAUGUGUGUGUGUUUGUCUGUUUUUCCACAAAGGCAAUUCACCUUGAAGCAACAUCCGACUUAUCCACAUCCAAUUUUCUGGCAGCUUUUAACCGUUUUGUUUCCCGUCGUGGGUGUCCACUCCAUUUGCACUCUGAUAACGGAACUACGUUUGUCGGAGCUUCCAAGAGGAUCGCAAAGGAUUUUAUCGAUACCUCGAAUCAAGCUCUAAUGUCCAAUUACGCCCACCAAAAUUUGACAUGGCAUUUCAUACCUCCCGGAGCUCCUCAUAUGGGUGGACUCUGGGAAGCCGGCGUAAAAAGUUUCAAACAACAUUUCCGCAAAAUUGCUGGCAAUACAAAAUACACAUACGAAGAAUUUCAAACCUUGCUGACUAAAAUUGAGGCGUGUCUAAACUCUAGACCAAUAUCCCCAUCUUCUCAAAGCCCAUCAGAUUUCACCGCAUUGACUCCUGGACACUUUUUAAUCGGUUCUCCUAUACUAUCUCUCUUAGAACCAGAAAUUUCCCAGUCAUCCAUUUCUAUUCAAAAUCGCUGGCAACGAAUCCGAUCAAUGUAUCAACAUUUUUGUAGCAGGUGGAAGACUGAAUAUCUGAAGGAACUUCAUAAAAGGACUAAAUGGAAAAGUCCAGAACGCGAUGUCGAAGAAAAUAUGCUGGUGGUUAUUCAGGAAGAAAAUCUCCCUCCGACCUGUUGGCGUUUGGGCAGAGUGGUUCGUGUCUAUCAUGGCAAUGAUCAGAAAGUGCGCGUUGCUGACAUUCUCACUCAGAAGGGAAGAAUCACCCGGCCAAUUACAAAAUUGGUCAUCUUACCAGAUAACCAGUCUUAGACUUUAUCCUCAUACAAAGCCUAAGACAAAUCAUUUUUUCCAUUUUCUAUUUCACUUCCAUU